AUGUUCAAGAAAAUACAGAAAGAAAUCGUUGAGGGUAAUGACAGAUGUCGCGUGCUAGGUUUUUCUUCGACAGAAUUUGUUGACACCUAUAAGCUUAGGGACAACAAUCGCAAUUCGUAUUCAGUGACACAUGAUAAGAGUGAUGAUUCAUACUGUUGCGAAUGUAAACUCUUCGGUAGGCAUGGAUAUUUGUGCAGUAAUAUCUUUUUUCUGUUCAGGAACAAGGAAUUGAAAAAAAUACCAGAUAAAUACUGCCAAAGCAGAUGGAUGAAGACUCCGUUAGCCAAGGCUGUCCAUGGGGAGUUUUAUGAUAGCCUUCCUACCAGGUCUGUUGUUGACGAUUGGCAAACUUUGUCAAAUCAAGGCAUUUCGAUGUUCUACAGUUUCCUCCGGCGAUUUGAGGGGGACAUUGAAGUGGUUCGGGCAUUUGUAGGUGGAGUGGAAGAACUUGGUAAUUCUCUUCAAGCUGGGAAUCCUACAACGUCCGCAUCUGAAAAAAGGCGACUGAUUGAAGAGUUUUAUGGUAUGGUGCUGCCUGAAGUUGUUGAGGUCCAUCCUCCAGAUGUUGUCAAGACCAAGGGGCACGCAAGCAACUCAGCGAGCUGUCUGAUUUCGAAGAUAGAAAAGGCUCUAAAGGAUGCUAGUAGGCCUCUUAGAUGGUGUAAGGCAUGUGAUGAGAUGGGCCAUCAUGACUCCAGAAAUUGUCCAAUGCUUAAAGAGAUGGCGAUGGAGAAAGAGUUGGGGAAGGGCAAGCGUCCGACUUGA